GGAGGGGGGGAAAAAGGGGGAGUGUUUCUUUUAAAAAGAGAGUGAGCUCGGAGAGGAGGACACAGGCACUCCAAACCCUGUCUGUGCUUGGUAUAUUAGGCAGCCAGUGCUCUUGGCUGGCAGCCCAGACGAGGCUUUUGUAAUCAAAACAUGAUCUUGUAUGCUGUGCAACCAGUGCGGAGAAAGGCCGGCUGAUGGCUCUCCCCUUUUAGCUCUGCUCUGGAAUCCGCCGCGCUCCGCCGCCGAUGGCCACCAUGCACCGAGCUGAUGCAGCUGUGGAGGAUGCAGUGCUAAGGAAGAAAGAGCAGAAAGAUGUUGAACUCGACAAGAAGAUCUUGGCCCUGCGGAAGAAGAACGAAGCGCUCAUACGAAGGUACCAGGAAAUAGAAGAGGACAAAAAGCGAGCUGAGCAGGAGGGAAUGGCUGUUACCUCCAGGAGGCCCAAGCAGGAUGGACUCACUAUUACCAUCACCAAAGCUCACAACGACCUGAAAGAUGCAAUUACCCAGACUGAACACUAUGGACAAGAUAGCCCAGCCCUCUCGAUGGAUAAAAGGGUGGUGAGUGAGAAAUGGGGGAGCCCCUGCACUACAAGCCCUGCGUUCGGCAUUGGCAGUGAGGAAGAUGAGGAGGAGGAGGAAGCAGAUCAUAUGUUCACAUUCAGGAUGGGGAAGAGGAUGCAGCUGGCUGUCACCAUGGACAACAAAGCCAAGGGCAAGCGCAUCGUCAGUGAGAAGCGCUCCGAGUGCUUGCCAGGCCCCGGCAGAGUGCCAGACCCCGGUGAAGAAGACACAGACCAUUUGGUGGCUUUCCGGCGGGGCAGGAGGAUGCAGAUUGCCAUCACCAUGGAUAACAAGGAAAAAGCAGAGGAGAGGAGAACAGCAGAGAAGAGGAGAUCAGACAGUGACAGAGGCCCAGAAAGUGAGCACAGACAGAAGGAUGGUGGGAAGUCAUCCCAGAAGAGCCCUGGAGACCUGAGUUUCCCCAUGACAGGACGGGAGCGCUCGGAGUACCUCCGCUGGAAGCGGGAGCGGGAUCAGAUUGACCUGGAGCGAGUGGCACGUCACAAGAACGCGAAGGGCGAGUGGCGACGGGCUUGGGAUGUGGAGAAGUCAGAGCACAUGUUUGAAGAGGAUGGGGAGCCAGCCUUGGAUAAUCCCAGCAAUAAGAAAGGGGGAAGAAACGCAAGGAAAUUCCAGCACAAAUCCUUUCCUCCCGAUGGGAGAGGUGGAGCAAAUGCGAACAAUCCUGGUCCAAAAGUGGUGCCUGCAGUGAGCAGCCGAGCCAAGGGGAAGGACAGGCUGACCGGCAGAGCCAGGAGAUGGGACGCAAAAGAAGGAGAGGACAUGUUGUUUCUGAAGGAUGACCUUGACAGCCAGAAGAGCCUUGGGAUGGAGAAGCGGAAGAGCAGAGGUGAGGAGGGGGUGGAAGAGAACUGCCCAGCUGAGCCGGAGGAGAAGGUCAAACAGCCAAACCCCCAAGAUCAUGGGGCCUCCUCAUCACAAAGGCUCAGAAGUGGAAAGGUCCAUUCUGCCCACAAUGGUCGGAAGGAGGAGCGGAGAGGAGCGAAGGGCUCCAGCGUGGAGGUGUCUGUGGCCAGCACAGGUGACUCGGAGCCAGGGCCCAAGCCAAGUAAUGAAGGUGCUGGGGAAGAUGCCAGUGGGAAGCCUGACGCUGCUGACAUCCCCCAGGAGAGCACUGACAGCACUGCUUCACAGAGCAGCCUUCCAAGCACCGUGCAGGCCACCAGGCAUGGCAGUGAGGAGACGUUGUCAUUGCCUGUGGCUGCGAAUGUAGAUGGAGCUGCCUUAGAGAAAACCACAGCUUCAGAACAGGAGUCCACUGAGGGCUCCUCAAACAGCCACGGGGGAAAGGUGGACGCAGCAGGAGACAGACUGGAUGCAGGUCAAGGACAGCUGGUGAGAAAAGGAGGGGAGGAAGUGACCCCAAACACUGCCCUUCAGGGGCAGGCACUUGCACUGAAAGGAGGUGAAGAUGCUGAAGGCACUGAACACAAAGAGCCUUUGCCCCCAGGGAAAGCCAACUCUGACAAGACUGUUGACUCUGAGCAGGACACAGCAAAAUCACAGGCCAGGGAGGGGGACCAGCCUGAGGGUUGCAAGGACAAGGACACUGGGGACACUCUCAACUAGCAGAGACUGCACUGGCUUGCCUGAGACAGAAGGAGAACGUGCUGAAGGUGGUGGAUGAGAAGAGAAGAGGAGCACAAGUUUGUCCUCCUUCUUUUACCUUCUAUGAAAUCAUCUUUCAGCACCUGCCCUGUGCCCCUCAGCACCCAUUCACAACACACGGGGUCCCCAUCACCACUCCCUGCUCCCAGUUUUGGCAUCACCCUUUCCCAUCCGUAUGCCAAAGGGCAGGGAAGGACACACACUCCCAAGCAACAAAGAAAACACCAUCACUUACCUUUUGUAUUUAUUUUGCCUCUCUUGCAGCUGUGUGGCAAGCCAAUGACAUGUCUACUGAAUGCACUUUAUCUUAUUUAAUAACUAAUUGUGUUUAGAGCUAAGAUUUAGGUUUCUGGGCACACCACCCCUUUCUCCCCCGAGGCUGGCAGGGCACUGCGGGUACCAGGACAGCCAGGCAGGGAGUGGGUGACUGACAAAGCAGAGCCUUAGGAGACAGGGUGAAGGGCGUUACGUUGUAGUUAGUAGGCGGGUGAUACAGUAGUGUUCAGAGCAGCUCCUGUACUAGAGGUUUGUAUGUGGUUGAAGUGUUGGCAGAGAUGUGUGGUAGUUGCGUGGGUCGCGGGGCACAAAGGGGAUGGAGCGUUCUGCAGAGUGGGGUGCUUUUGACAAGCACACAUCAACCACAGCAUCAGCCUUUAACUGCUGAUUUUCCUCCUCCUGUUAGAUGUAGCAGGGCACAGGCAGUGAGGCUGAAACAGCACAUCAGGAGACUGAUUUUGCUAAGGGAAGCUGCUGCUCAGUGGAGCAGGUUUAUAUGCAGCUCAGCAAAACCCCGUGUCUGCUUCCUGACACCAGGCAGGUUGCGGUACCUGGAGGUACUUGCAGCUCUGUGCCAGGCAGGGCUGGGAGGAGGACAGCACAAAUACAAUCAUCUUCCUUCCCCACACUGCACAAAGGAGUUGGCAGCAGGACCCAGGCCAAGUUGGAGCUGAAGGUCUGAGGCUUCCAAUCAAAUGCUUUCACCUUCCUGGUUGUGCCUUUCAUAGCCUUGUGCUUGAGUCAGAGGGCAUCGGUUUUGACCUGGCCUUAAAAGACACCUUUCAAAUGAAAGAUCUGGAUGAACACUGACAAGCAUAAAUGUGCAAGACUCCCAGCUGCUUGGGUUUGCAAGCUGCUGAGAGAUUCCCAGCAAACUGGGACCUACCUGAAAUAAGGCUAUUGAUUAAGGAGAAGGCAGAAGGCAGGCACAAGGAAUAACACAAUGUAAUAUAUGACUUCCAAAUGACAACAGGAUCUCACCCUCACGUUGAAGCGCUGCUCUAAAGCUUGAUGCAGGAGCAAACACAUGCAGAGAUUUAUUGGGGUUCACUGCAGGAUGCAUCUGCUAACCUCGGGGUAAGGCUGGCACGUGUGGGCUGAAACACUGUAUGCUGGUUUAAUAAACUAAUACUUGCACAGAUAAACAUUCUGGUUUUCCACGUACCUUACAUCCACAGCACCUAUCUCAGAAAGGACAAGCCUGGGAGUUCCCUCUGUGUGCCAAAUUCAGGGGAGGUUUCUGGCUUCAGACCAGGUAUUAUCAAGAAACAGAGUGUGCAGUUGUUGUGUUAUCAGGAGAAACAUCUUCAUCCAGACUGGGUUUAUUUGGACUUACCCAACAGAUAAAAGAACAGACAGAUAGAAGACAGAUUGCAGAACUGCUCCAGGUCCUGGAGAUCCUCCAUCACUGGUGAAGGCUGCUUUUCCUUAGCUGACUGGCUCAAAUCCCUGCUUUAGAUUGCUUAUAUUUUUUAAUUUAUUAUUCUAUUUUACAUCAGGCCCUUGACCUCAACCUGGUCCAGCCAGUGCAAGUCAUUACCAGCACACACCAGAACUGGUUUGCCUCAUGGUCCACACAAAACACAGUCUGAGAUAAAGAGCUUGCUGCCCCUCGGCAGCAGUUGGAUACACAGUCAGGUAGAGACACUGCCACUGCCCCUGGUCCAGCCCUGCUGCUAUUCACUGCCUCAGGCUCCUUUCUGAAAGGAAACCCAUCACUUUUCCCCCUUUCCCUCCUUUUACUCCUGCAAAUCCAAGUAACUUUGCAUAUAAUGAUGCCUAGGAAGGAGUGAGUCUGUACCAAGCUUCAGGGCUGGGACUGCACAGGUAGUGCCUGUUCCAAGUGGAUUUUUCCUGCUCAUUCCCACUUUGCUCAAUGCACUUUGGCUGGUGCCUGGGUUGGCAUUUUCUUAGAGAACUGUGGCUGUUUCUUCUUUACAGUAAGACUGAAAGGUUGAAAAGCUGAUGUAGAAGGAUUAUUUAUAUGAAAUAAAAGUUGUAAUGAGGAAAAA